AUGAAUUUAUUAUGCCAAACAUAACAGAUACUGACAAAUUCUAAACUUAAGAAUAAUUUUCAAAAAUAAUUGAUUUUAUACACAAGGAUUAAAUAAAUUAAUGUAGAUUAUAUAUAUAUAAAAAUGUACAUGCAUUAGUAACUGUGUCUGAAUAAAAUGUAAAAAUUUUAUAAAGAAGUUCAUAUAUUAUAUAAAGAUUUUGAACCUUUAAAAAAUAUGGUAAGAUUUCAAUUUUAUGAUUAUGUUGCUAAUGAAGAUUUUUGGAAAAGAUUACAUGAAUAUAAGUAAAAUAAAGAUCAUUAAAAUUAUACAGAUAAAAUUAAUGGUGAAUAUUAUAAAGAGUUAUAUAUUCGAUCAAUUUCUUGUUAAGAUAAUUUUAUUUAUUUUGGAAAAAUUUGUAAGUAUGAAAAUGAGAAUGUUAGUAAUUUGAUUAAAUUAAAGGUUAACAAAAUUUCAAAUUCAAUUGCGAAAUGCAAAAUUGAUAAUUGUAUAAUAAAUUAGAAUAGCCUGCUUUAUAAGCUUAUUUUUAUAGGCUUUAGGAAACAACUGGUAAAUUAGUUCAAGAUGAU